AUGGUUCCUCCACCACCUGUCAGCAAACCUCACGUGUGCCUCUCCACUGUGCUCAUCAUGACCAGCCUUGUCCUCAUGGAUGCCUACCUGGUGGAGCAAAGCCAGGGCUCCAGGAAGCUGGGCAUGUGUGUCAUGGUGGCAGUGGGUGACAUCUGCUUCCUGCUAGUUCUCCGCUAUGUGGCCAUCUGGGUCGGGGCAGAGGUAAAGACAGCUAAGCGGGGCUAUGCCAUGAUCCUCUGGUUCCUGUAUGUCUUCGUUCUGGAGAUUAAAGUCUACUUUGUGUACCAGAAUUAUAAAGCUGACCGUAAAAGCUUGGAUCUCAUAGCCCGCAAAGCCCUGACCUUGCUGCUCUCCAUCUGCAUCCCAGCCCUCUACGUGUUGUUGGUGGCCACAGAGCACAUGGAGUAUGUCAGAACAUUCAAGAAGAAGGAAGAUCUCCGCAACCGCCUCUUCUGGGUCAUUGUGGACAUGCUGGAUGUGCUGGACAUCCAGGCCAACCUGUGGGACAAAAAGGGGCGCCUGCCACUCUGGGCUGAGGGCAUCAUGUUCUUCUACUGCUAUAUCCUGCUCCUGGUCCUCCCUUGCGUGUCCCUGUGUGAGAUCAGCAUGCAGGGCAUUGGCAUCAUGCCGCACCGGAUGAUGCUGUACCCCAUGCUGAGCAUGCUCACUGUCAACAUCACCACCAUCUUCAUCCGAGGCAGCAACAUGGUUUUCUUCAGGGAUGCUCGGGUCUCCAGCAUCUUCAUGGGCAAGAACAUGCUGGCCAUUGGGAUGAAGGUCUGUAUGUUUGUGCAGUACCAGCGGCACCAGCACCACACCCCUCUGGGGACGGACCAGCAGCAGAGUGCCCCAGCCCAGCCAUCUACAGGGCCACGAAAGUCCCGGGACCAGCCUGCCUGCCCUGAGGAGCUGGCCCGGGACAACACGUGA